AUGAGGUAAAUAUCGCUGUCGUUUCAUCCCCCGCUCCGCAGUCACGCCCGCCCGUUAGACUGCAAGUUGCAGACCGCUGUAGGAAAUGUUAUUCGCCGCGGUCAGAACAGGCCUCUCCACCAGCCGUCGCCGCAGCCUGGCUUCGUCGUUGCGAGCGCCAGGGAGACUGUGCCUGGGGAGGGCGGAGGAAGGAGCCCACUUUGGGUUUGCGUCCCGCUCCGCUGCUCUGCCCCAGAGCCAGCCAAGGACGACGCUCGGAGGCCUCAGGCUGGGAGAUCAUCUUCAGAUAGCAACGAAAAUGAAAUAAAGUCAAAUGAAGAGCCACUUCUAAGAAAGAGUUCUCGCCGGUUUGUCAUCUUCCCAAUCCAGUAUCCCGAUAUUUGGAAAAUGUAUAAACAGGCACAGGCUUCCUUCUGGACAGCAGAAGAGGUUGACUUAUCAAAGGAUCUGCCUCACUGGAACAAGCUUAAAGCAGAUGAGAAGUAUUUCAUCUCUCACAUUUUAGCCUUUUUUGCAGCCAGUGAUGGAAUUGUAAAUGAAAAUUUGGUGGAGCGCUUUAGUCAGGAGGUGCAGGUUCCAGAGGCUCGCUGUUUCUAUGGCUUUCAAAUUCUCAUCGAGAAUGUUCAUUCAGAGAUGUACAGUUUGCUAAUAGACACUUACAUCAGAGAUCCCAAGAAAAGGGAAUUUUUAUUUAAUGCCAUUGAAACCAUGCCAUAUGUUAAGAAAAAAGCAGAUUGGGCCUUGCGAUGGAUAGCAGAUAGAAAAUCUACUUUUGGGGAAAGAGUGGUGGCCUUCGCUGCUGUAGAAGGAGUUUUCUUCUCAGGAUCUUUUGCUGCUAUAUUCUGGCUAAAGAAGAGAGGUCUUAUGCCAGGACUCACGUUUUCCAAUGAACUCAUCAGCAGAGAUGAAGGACUUCACUGUGAUUUUGCAUGCCUGAUGUUUCAAUACUUAGUAAAUAAACCUUCAGAAGAAAGGGUCAGAGAGAUCAUUGUUGAUGCUGUCAAAAUUGAGCAGGAGUUUUUAACAGAAGCCUUGCCAGUUGGCCUCAUUGGUAUGAAUUGCAUUUUGAUGAAACAGUACAUUGAGUUUGUAGCUGACAGAUUACUUGUGGAACUUGGAUUUUCAAAGUUUUUUCAGGCAGAAAAUCCUUUUGAUUUUAUGGAAAACAUUUCUUUAGAAGGAAAAACAAAUUUCUUUGAGAAACGAGUCUCAGAGUAUCAGCGUUUUGCAGUUAUGGCAGAAACCACAGACAACGUCUUCACCUUGGAUGCAGAUUUUUAAAAACCUCUUGUUUUAAAAUUGUAUAAACUUGUCAUUGAUAAAUAGUAGUCUACUUUCCUCUGCUUUAAAAAAAAAAACCUUAAAAGUAUAUUCUUUAAAGAACUGGGGAUUU